AUGACCCCGGGCGCUGACCCACAAAGAAGACUCGGACCAGAGCAGACACAGAAUGCUUUCACUUGUGCGGGUGCAGGGCAGCGAAGUCGCCUGCCAACCGCGAGCCCCGGGAGCCGCCCCCAGACCCAGCCCGGGGCCCAAAAGCCCGGUGCCCAGAGCCCAGCCAAGCGCGACCGAGGACGCUGGACCUGGUCCAGCGCGGCCGCCCGAUGCAGACAGGGCAAGAGCGCUGGCCGCCGCCCCAGCUCCAGGAAUCAGCGGGGGCCCAGCGCAGGCUCCCGCGAGCGGGSCGGCGACUGCGGUGGCUCCCUCGCCAGGCUGGUGCCAGCGCCCGCCACACGGCUGCGCCCCACCGCGCUACGCCUAGGGCGGGCUCGGUGGCGCUGCGCAUGCGCGGCGUCUGGGUCGGCUCGGGGGCUCUGCGCACGCGCGGCAUCGGCCCCGCCCCCUCGCUGGGCUGCUCGGGCUCCGCCGGCGGCAGCUCGGAGAGCGGAGGCUGCGCACGUCGGUGAGCGUAGGGGACCGUCGGUAGUGAAGCGGCAGGUCCUGCGACCUCCUGCGCCCCCCAGCGUCCCUGGAUACUACCGGUGGGCCCUGGAGGGCCGAGGCCGGUGGGGGCCCCGGACGCAGGUGGGACUGAGCCCGCGGAGCAGGUGUGCCACGCGGGGUGCUCGCGGGCCCGUCAGUCGGUGCAGCCGGCGGCCGCGGGGGCAGCCCUCGCGCACGUUGACACGACGGUGCCAGAACGCGCGUGCUGUGCGUCUGGGGCGAGACCCCGAGCUCUGGAGCCUGAAAGGCUGGCAUCAGUUCCCGCUCUGUCACCUGUUAGGUGGCCUGGGUCCAGGUUUCAGCUUCUUGCAACAAAGUAGCCCUUGUGAAGUAGGAAGAAGGGCCCCUCUGUGAACAAUAGUUUUACCUGGAAGAGAAACCUCUCUGACUUAAGCUCUUUCUCCAGAGCUUCAGAGCAAGAGACAAGAUCCCAAGAAGAAGCAGAUCCUAGAUUUGCAUGAUCAGAAGCAGUUCUUGUUCCUCCUGCCCAGGUUGAGCCUGACUUGCUGACAGUGCCAACUCCAGAAGCCACCGCAGACUGUGACAGUAGAAAAUUUGGGCCAGCUUUGAGCAUAGCAGGGUGAAGCAGGGAGGCCCAGGGACAGGUUGCCGGGGG